AGUUGCAAUGGGUUUGACAUCGUCAGCUGCUUCGAUCACGUCACAACAGCAAAUUUUUUAAUAAAUAAACAAAAUCAUAACAUUCCUGUUUAUAUUUUGUAUUAAAUUAACUAUAUGAAAUGGUAAUGAAGUGUGCAGUUGCAAAUUGUUCAAGUCGAAAGAUAGAUAAGGAUAUCAGCUUUUUCGCUUUUCCACUUAAUGAAGAGUUGGCAAAGAAAUGGGCAAACUUCUGUCGGCGCAAAAAACCUUUCAAUUAUCAGAAAGGUUUGAUAUGCAUGAAACAUUUCGCAAAGGAGGACAUCCGAAACGCUGUCAAGUUCGAAAUGGGUUUUGCAAAAAGGCCUUUGCUUAAACGUGGUGUUUUGCCAACUAUUUUCAAAGAGGAAGUCAUUAGUCCAAAAAGCAAGGAAAAAGCCCAGCGACGAGAAAAUAGAAGAAUUGUAAGAGAAAUGUUGAAGCAAUAUGAUGGGAAAAAUAAUUGUGCCGCAUUGGUUACAGAUGAUUCGAGUAUGGAAUCAAUGGAAUCCGUCGAUUUAACAGAGAGUAACGCGCAGUUAGUGGAUAUGAAUAAUACUAUCGAAACACCAACAUCUCUUGAACCAUUCUUGGAAACGCACAGAACUCCGCUUACGGAGUUUGAAGAUGUAGAAACAAAGUUAGAAGAACAGCAAAAAGAAAUUAAGGAACUUCGACACGAAAAUGAAAGACAGCAGGAAGAAAUCGCCGUAGUUAAGCAUCAAUUAGAUGUUAUGCGGCUCAAAAUGGCAGAAUUGGAAAAACGUGUAACAAGAGCAGAAGGUGAUAACCAGGCUUUAGAGAAAAGUUUAUUAAAGUUUCUAUCGAAAAGUCAGUUAUCGUUUUUAAAGUAUGGAACGCAAAGAUAUUCUUGGUCCGAAGCCGAUGUAGAAAUAGCUAAAUUUGUAUAUACUACAAAUCGCAAAAUCUAUAAGUUUUUAUUUGAAAGAGGCUUUCCAAUGCCAUCGAUACGCACAAUGCAAAGAUGGUAUCGCACAACUGAGCCACCAGUGGUUCGAAAAAAAGUGCCAACGAAGGUACCAACAGUGUCAUCGGAGGCACCAACAGUACCAUCGGAGGUAUACAAAGUGCUUUCGGAGACACCAACAGUGCAAGUGGAGGCACCAUCAGCGCAUUCGGAGGCACCAACAAUACAAGUGGAGGCACCAACAGUGCAGGUAGAAGCACCAAAAGUGCAAGUGGAGGCACCAACAGUGCAAGUGCAGACACCAUCAGCGCAUUCGGAGGUAUUAACAGUGCGUGUGGAGGUGCCAUCAGUACAUUUAGAGCUACCACCAGUGCAUUUGGAUGUAUCAUCAGCGCAUUUGAAGACAACAACAGUUCAUUUGGAGGACCACUGCUAUACUAUAGACACGUUGCAAUAAACUCAUUGAUAUAUGUUUUUAAAAAAAGAGUAUAUUAUUUAGUAAUUAAAAAUACAAUAAUGAAUUAAUGUAUCAUAAAUUUAUUUUCAGUUUGGUAUUCUAAUAUUUAAAAAUUAUUAUUUUUUAAGUUAGUCUUAAGAUUUGAGAAAAGAAUAAAAAGUUAUAAAAAAAUUCAAUAUGGCAACUCUUAUAUCACUCAUCCGCAAUGCUUGUACUCUCGCACACUUUUGAGUUUUUUUUAUGUUUAUCAAAUUUUUGCCGGCGAUAGUGGAAUAUUUCCGUUCGCCAGCUUUUGCUAUUAGUUUUCUUAUACAUUUCCGUCACUUCGGUGUGAAUGCGAGCAAAUUUUCCACUCGACCAGCUUGUGAUUGUUACUUAAUUGAAUUAAACAUUUUACAAAUUUGGUUGAUAAUUUUAACGAAGUAUUGUGAAGUAAGACUUUUCUACUACAACGGCUUCACUUCGCAGUUCCUAUUUGCUGAUUAAACGCUUUGCAACUCAUCAGUGCA